UGAGGGUUUACAUAAAUGUUGAUAUUGCUCCACCUGCUCUGCCAACACUGGGCGACGUUGCCUCCCAGUCUGUAGUCUGGAGCUGCGGGUUACAUAGCGGACCACAAGCGGUAGGGGGAGGAUGGAGAUGCGGAGAAACAGCUAACGACGGACAACCACUCCUCUGGUGUUUCCCUCUAAACGAUGACAGCGACAGACUAUGAUUGAGAUGUUUCAAGCCACAGAGCUGAAUACCAAAUUGCCUUCUACUUCAAAGAGAUAGCCAGUGUGCUGGAUGGGUAACCAGGAGGAAUGACAGAGUCUCUUCCCCCGUGGGUGACGCACCAACAGAUGGAGAAAAUGCACUGGGCUGGAGGAUACGUUUUUCUGAUCCUGGCGUCCCUUAUCGCCUCUCACACCACCGGGGCCUUAUCAGUGGACAUGGGCGCAAACCAAACAGAAAGUGCCAAUGUGACGGACGGAUUUGGCCCCAUGGUGUUCACAAAAGUGAGCCAGAUAAUUGCUCGUGAGGGGAGCUGUGCGCUCAUUGAUUGCAAUGUAACAGGGGAUCCGUUCCCCAGUGUGCAGUGGUUCAACUCCCAUGGAGACCGCCUGGACACGGAGAAUAAUGGGGAGAAAUGGUGGCUGAUGGAUUCGGGGAUCCUCAACAUCACCAACAUCGAGUUUGCCGACCGGGGAAAGUACACCUGCAUGGCGUCCAACGCGCUGGGCAGCUCUAACUGCACGGUGACGCUGCGCGUGGUCUUCACUAACGGCGACAUGGGCGUGUACUACAUGGUGGUGUGUUUGGUGACCUUCACUAUCAUCAUGGCCCUGAACGUCACGCGCCUCUGCAUGAUGAGCAGCCACCUGAAGAAGACGGAGAAAGCCAUCAAUGAGUUCUUCCGCACCGAGGGCGCUGAGAAGCUGCAGAAGGCCUUCGAGAUCGCCAAGCGGAUCCCCAUCAUCACCUCGGCCAAGACGCUGGAGCUGGCCAAGGUGACGCAGUUCAAGACCAUGGAGUUUGCGCGGUACAUCGAGGAGCUGGCGCGCAGCAUCCCGCUCCCGCCGCUCAUCAUGAACUGCCGCACCUUCAUGGAGGAGAUCCUGGAGGUGGUGGGGGUGGAGGAAAUGAGACACACCUUCCUCAGACAGGCGCCCGAGGGAUGCCGCGAGCUCGCCACCAGGGCCAUCGGGGCGAGAGACGUGUUCACCAUCCUGCAGGAGAGGGAGAUGGAGCGAGGGCGGGAGAGGGAGCGCAGCGAAUCCCCCGCCGCCGACUCAGACAACUCCUCGGUGCACGAGCAGCCGCAGCACAUCGCCAUCCAGGUGUCGGUGCACCCACAACUCGCCAUCGGAGGUUACUGCAGCAUCGAAGCUCCCCCUCAGCCAGAGGCAACACCCUCCUCGCCUCCCCCCUGCUCCCCACCACCACUCAGUCCUCUGGAACAGGAGGAGCAGCCUGAGCCUGAGCCUGAGCCUGAGCCUGAACCUGAACCUGAACCUGAGCUUAAGCCUGAGCCUGAGCCUGAGCCUGAGCCUGAACCUGAACCUGAGGCGGCGGUGGAGCAGGACGCAGAGCAGGACGACGUGCAGGACGCGACCAGGACGCCGAGCAGGCCUGAGCCCGAAGCGACAGGCGCCGAUACCCCCGCUCCCUGCCAGGUGUUUUACGAAAGCCACGUCUGACGAGACAAACGAACCCUGGAGGAGCGGCGAGUUAUCCUGCUAUGCAUUUCCACUUGAAGACAAAGAAAGGUCAAAUAAACACUUUUAAUUUCCCAGUUGGGAGAGAGACAAUCACAUUUUUAUCCAUCUUCACUGAACGAAACCAUCCUGAGAAAAGACACUACAGCCCCUCUUCCCUCUCUCCGGACUCUCAUGCUUGAAUGUAAGUGGCAGGGUGAUCGAUAUAAUAAAUGUAAUGCGCAGUGGAUUGUAAAGGAUCACGUGAUUUGCAUAGCUCAGAUUUUAGGAUUCUUCAGUCUUUAGUUUCUUACAAUGCUAGGGUUUUCAUGACUCCAGAAAUCUGCCUCGAGCUGGUCUUCACGCCGUUUCCUCGAACCGUGAACGCUCAGUUUCCGUCACCCGCUCGAGAAUUCACAUCCAGCUUCUGCGGAGCUACAGCUGAUCCGCUGUUAUCAUACAACGUCCUGUUCGAAUAGAGAUGCAUGCUGGACUGAAAACAGCAGAGUUCAGUCACUACUUCAUGAUUGUACGGCCUACUGUCUGCUCCAAAAAAACAAACAAGUAAGCCAGGUUAAUCUGUGUGUGUACAGUAUACUUCAUGACCGGCUCACACACCUCUGGGUAGCUUUGUGUUUUAUUUGAGAUAUUUUUAAUAGUAUUAUAUUUACCCAUUGUGGUGUGAUUUUGUUUCUCAGCUAGCAGUUUUAAUUUUUGUCUUUUUCCUCCUGAAUAGAGACAGAGUAGCUUCGAUCCCUCAGCUUUGUGCUAGUUUGUUUUUAAUUUAAUUCCCGACCUGCUCUCGGCAUCUUCUUGCUUCUGCAGAGGCUUUACAGUACCGUUGCAUUUUUGCUGCAUGUGAAAGUGGACGGUGGGACUGAAAGGACACGUCUUUCUUCUGCCUUUGCUUGGCUGACAGUCCAGUGUGCGGAGGAGAGGAACUGUAUCUGCUUUUACCGGUGCUCUUAAGAUGGCUCUUUUUUUGUAGUGGAAUAAAAUGAAAGUGCUGUGUUAAAGAA